CUCAGUUUCUGUCCCCGCUGGGGCUCCUCCCAUUUCCCCGGACCAUGUGAGUUGUUCCACGGUUUGUUUGGUGUUGGAAGAGCAGCCACCUCACGGAUACAGCCAGCUGGAGUUUGAGUUAAGCGAGCAGCAGGCUACAGAGACUCAAGGCUGAGCAGAGCUGUCAGGGGCAUCAGCUAUGCGCCGAGCUGAUUGAAACCGCAGAGACACAGUGAAGAGACGCGUUUAGUAAAACAAGAAAAAAAGAUGCCGAAGGAGAAAUGUCAGAGGCGGCCAGAGCUGCAGGGAUCCAGGCAAUGAGAAAGGAUAAUGCAUACAAAUGGAAGUUAAUUAAACAUUUAAGAUGGGUUUGUGCUGAAGAUUGAAACAAAGUUUUUGCUUUCUCGUGCACCUGCUCACAACCGCGAGAAUGUUGUUCCAGUGAAGCUGUGAACGGAAAUACCGCACGGUCCUCAGAAUAAGAAAGUGGUGCACCGGCCGCAAACAAACUGCAAGCGCAUGUAACACGUCUAAACAAAACAGUGCAUACUGACGGACAUAAACCGCAGAUUAUAGAUGAAGUAUGGAAAUAACCUAUAAAUAAUACCGGAAACAGAUCUGCAGUUUCGGGUGUUUGUUUUUAAACUGGCAACAAAACAUUUUUUUUUUUUUAAUGGCAAGUAGCUUAAACUUUAAUUAAUUGUUUUAAGUAAAUUGCGAAUUUUGAUAAAUACAUCUGACCAAACCUCAGCACGAAAUCUCGUUCCUGUGUGCGUUGCUUUCUGUUUAUCACUUGGGACAUUGUCAAAGCCGUUUAGCCCAUGACAGGUGUCAUCUGGCUCGCAGGGGACGGUGACAGCUUGACGAUGGGCAGGAGUGACGCCGGAGGUAGCAGCAUGAGCUCUAGUCGUGAGAGGGUCGAGUCAGUCAAGCGUGUCACUAGACUCCACGGCAUCGCCGGCUGUGAUGACAGCAACAUUCUAGCAAGAUCAUUCGAGGCGAGCUGUGUGCAGACCGAGGGCGAUACAGCCUCGUCAGAUACCCAGUCCAGCCCAGCCAUGGUGAAGAAACACCAGCAUAAACACAACCUGAAACACAGGUACCAAGUACUGGAGACGCUUGGCAAGGGGACGUAUGGGAAGGUGAAGAAAGCCGUGGAGAGGGGGACUGGCAAGACCGUGGCCAUUAAAUCCAUUCGAAAGGACCGGAUCACUGAUGAGCUUGACAGGGUUCACAUUCAGAGGGAGAUUGAAAUCAUGUCGUCACUCAGGCACCCCAACAUCAUCCGCAUUAAUGAAGUCUUUGAAAGCAAAGAUAAAAUCCUCAUUGUUAUGGAGAAUGCCAGCAGGGGGGAGCUGUAUGAUUACGUUAAUGACCGACACAGGAUCUCAGAGCCGGAGGCACGCAGCUUCUUCAGACAGCUCACUUCAGCAGUGCACUACUGUCACAAGAAUGGAGUCGUUCACAGGGACCUGAAACUGGAGAACAUUCUUCUCGAUCAAGACUACAACGUUAAGCUGGCAGACUUUGGCCUGUCAACCCAGUUCAAGAAGGAGCAGGUCCUGCAGACUUACUGUGGGAGUCCCCUCUACGCCUCGCCAGAGAUCGUCAAUGGACUGCCAUACCGGGGGCCUGAGGUGGACUGCUGGGCUCUAGGUGUCUUACUUUAUGCCCUUGUGUAUGGAAGCAUGCCAUUCGACAACGCUAACUACAAGACCCUGACAGAACAGAUCAGCCGUGGCGAGUACAGGAAACCCCAUCAGUCGUCAGAUGCUUGUGGGCUGAUCGACUGGAUGCUAACAGUUAGCACAGAGGAUCGAGCGACUGUAGAAGAUAUUGCAAACCACUGGUGGGUAAACUGGGGCUACGAUAAGUCAGUGUGUGACUGUGUCUCUGGGCAGGACUGUCCCUCUCCAUUACUGGCACGGUACAUCGACUGGCAGAACCGACCCAUUGCGCAAGAGCCCAAUAGCGCACCAGAUCUUCAGCUUUAUUUUAGCUUCCCUCUGCUUCACACGUCCAAGGGUGAGCAGGCAACUUGCUUGAAGAAGUCCAAAAAGGAGAAUGACAUAACUCAACCUCAACAAAGAACCUUCAGCAGAACAUCGGACAAGAAGCCAAAAGGGAUCCUGAAAACCAGGAGCAGCUUUGAUUCUGCAUGCCUUCCUUACACAGUCUCUCAGUUAUGCACCCCCGAGAAUCAGGACAAGCACCUCCCAGCUGCAGGCUCCGGCAGCCCAAAGGCUCUCCCUAACCAUGAUAAGACACCAGUGUCAUCCAAAAUGCCAAAGAAAGGGAUCCUCAAGAAGCGCUACCAAAGGGAGUCAGGGUAUUCUUCGUCUCCAGAGCGGAGCGGUUCCCUGGACAGCUCAGGCAAGAGUGAAGCGAAGCAGCCUGGGGAGGAAUCCCAGCCAACAGGAGACGUAGUGCUGCGGAGAAAGGGGAUCCUCAAACGCAAUGGCAAGUUUUCUGCCAGUAUAGAUCUGCCCGAUGACAUCUCAGUGCUCAAGCUCUCCGAGUCCCUGAAACACUUGAUCCUGUCCAGCGGGUGCAGCAGGCAGCAGCAGCAAGCUCAGGCUCAUAGCCGGCCGCCCAGCGUCAUCAGUGACGACAGCCUGCUCUCCAGCGACUCCUUCGACCUCCUGGACUUGGCUGCAGCUGAAAACAAGAGGCGCCUCUUUGCCCAGAGCAGCAAGAACAGCCUUUGCAGCUCUGAGGAAGAGCAGGAGGACUCAGAGGCAAGAGGGAAGGUGAAGGAGGGGAGAGAAGAAAUUACACUGGAGGAGAGAAAGGAGGUCUACUGCCAAGCUCAGAAGAUAUGUGAACACUUAUAGCACUGGAUUCUAACCUGGCUCAGUUUACCUGAUUGGAGGGAAUGUUGUUCCCAGCAUAAUGGAACGGUACACUCUAGACCCUAUUCUGAAGCAUGGAGAAGUACUUCCUUGCUAGUUUUAUAUCAUUAACAUAAUUUUAUUCCUCUCUGAAAAUAUGCACUGCCUUCAAAAUAGGGCACUUUGUUAUGUACAAUAUUGUAAGCCACAGAUCUACAAGCUUUCAGUUUUAGUUCCCUUGUUAUGCCAGGACAACACUGAAAACAUCCAUGCAAUUGCCAAGAGACAGCCGGUAGAGAUAGUUGGCGCCAGCUAAGAUGGUGAAUUCAAAGUAAAAUCAAUCUGCAUGUCUCCUGUAGUUGCUACUCUAAGGAUCUGUCUUAGUAAAAACUUCCCUCAAGAGUUCACUGUCUGGAAUAGCCUAUGUAUACUGGAGCUGGUUUCAGGUUACUGCUCAUAGAAGCCAUAUGGAAACUAGGCGUAGCACUUAUUUAUUUUUACAGCUAACUGCUUGUACCCAGUCUUACAGCUGGGGUGGAACUGAGACGCAAGGAGAACAGCAGCCUCACACAGCAUCCUCUUUGCUAAAGUUCGUGACGUGCAGCCACUACAUAGAAAGCUGCGAAAUUCAUGCAACAUUGUUUAGGAGCACCGCUUUGAACUCAGGGGCAUGGAAUUCACAUCCACACAUGUACUGUAUGCAGCAUUGUAAAUAAUUAUGGAAACACCCAGACAAACAACAUUCCAGAUUCCUAUUCAAAUAAUGCAGUAGAAGCAUUUUUAGGGUAAUUGGUCUGUUAACUAUUUACUAUUUAUUACACUGCCACCAUACCUAACUUCUAGGUUUUCCUAACAUUGAAGCAUUUCUGAAGGUGCAACACUGUAGACCAGCCCCCUCCUCUGUGUUGUUCUGCAGGUAUCGGAGUCCCUCAAUUUGUUCCUUUACAAUUAAAAUGGUAGUGGAGCUAUUAAGGGCAGAAAAAAACUUAGCCCCCUCUUCAAACACAAAGGAACUUAAUAAGUAUGGAAAAAAGCCUGAGAUGUUUUAAUUGUGAAAUUGUGUUCUAAAUAUUUUGAAUUUGAAAUAAAUCUUUAACAUCUAUGGAUGUCUUAAAAUGGUUUUGCUCCAUCUCAGUAGUUCAUUUUGUUGUCCAUGCCUGUGUUCUAAGCCGUGCUUCAUUAUACACAUCUCUGCACACGCAGAAGAAGGAUGAAGACAAGUGACAUGCCGGUUAGGGGAUUGCAGGACAGUUUACCGAGUUUACUAAGCAACUGCUGAAGUGUAAUGUUUGCACCAUUUUUCUACUAAAAGAAAAUUGUCACAAAAGCUGUAAAAAGGAAGGAAGCCAUGAACAGUGCCUGAAAAACAUUUUAAAGAUAUAUAUAUAUAUAUAUAUAUAUAUAUAUAUAUAUAUAUAUAUAUAUAUAUAUAUAUAUUACCAAUUGCUAGUUUUGUUUUAGCUUGCCAAAGCUAUUGCGAACCCUUCCAAGCAAGUUGCUAAAAUGUAACACAUUGCAAAACAUCUCCUUUUAGUCUUUUUGUGUAUUUUUCAUUUUUGUGCACGUUUUUGCAGUAAGAGGCCAAUGAUUGUUUUCAAUGCAUUGUGCGGAAUGGACAGUUUUAUAACUCAGAGCAAUUUGAGAGAUUUUAACAAUAAACCAAAAACCUUUAGACCAAGGUUCGAGUGGCAUGCAAAUAAAUCUAAUAAUGGCAACAUAAUUACUGUCAUUAUGUAUCUAUGUGUAUUUAGUUCUAUGGAAACCAAAAUAUUGUGUUUUUUGUAUGUUCCAGGUAUUUGUUAUUUUAUAAAUAAUAAUGUAUUCAAUAAAAAUAUAUGCCUGUAAUAUAUUGCCUGUAUUGCAUGUAUAUAAGGAGUAAUCAAAGUCAGAGUACCUUAUUCAUGAAAUUGGAAACAGUGUUUUGUACCAUUCAGGAAGAUUUAAAACCAUGUGUAUCAAAAGAUUUAAAGGCAUGAGCCAAGAGUAGGAAUUCUUUUUUCAGAUCUACAUUUCACGUCCUAAUGAACAUGCAAACACUCAAAUAUUGCCUUGAGAACAUAUUGUGAGUUUAACGGUUUAGUGUUUUGUGUAUACACUAAAGCUUGUCAGUACUGUAAUAACUAAAUGUUUACAGACGUAGGUCUGCCCUAUUAAGUAUAUUGAGCAAUGUUUCCACAAGUUAUUUCUCAGCAUGGAAAAUAGUUUGAGCUCUGUUUCCUAAUUUAUGACUUGGCUAUAAGUGGAGCAAUACGUUUAAAAAUAAUUUAAACACUUUCAUAAUUCAUUUUAAAUGUUUAUAUAAACAGGAAUGCAUUAAAAUAGUUGCUUAGGAAUUUAAAUAAAAAAAAAUAUUUAAAAGGCCAUCAUUAUUCAUAAAAACAGCAGGACAUAUCUGUUACAUUGUUUUUCUGAGAAUAAAAUGUAUUAUAUGAAG